AUAAACGGUUGAGAACAUUUUAAACAGCCCCAAAUGCAGUCCACUCUCCAACCGUUCAGAAAAUUUCCCAAACUCCAACAAAAAUUCAAUCUCAAAUUCGAAACCCCACCUAGAAACCAUGCCUCCCAAAUUCCCAUUUCAUACAAGCCCCUUCAUUUUUUGGCCAACAUUCUUGAUUCUUAUAGUGCAAAUAACCCAAAUGCUGGAACGUGUUCCAAAGUACCUAAAUGUAAUUUCUUGGGCAUAACCAAAACAACUCGGUUUGUGCACUCAAUUGCAAAUUCUGAUGAUCCCACGAAGUUUCAACAAGAGCCAAAUGACCAAACAAUCAUAUUUGUUCAAAACCUCCUUAAGUUUAGAAGGGACAAACCGGCGAAGAAAAUUGAGCAAGCUCUCAAUCUAUGCGGGCUUAAGCUGACCGAGGACCUGGUGCUGAGUGUGCUUCAACGACACCAUUCAGAUUGGAGACUGGCUUAUGUGUUUUUCAACUGGGUUUGUAGAAACGGAGGAGAAGGAAGCGAGUAUUCACCUGGGUCUAGUGUUUACAAUGAGAUUCUUGACAUCCUUGGGAAAUCACAACGUUUUGAGAAGGUGGUCCAAGUGCUCGAUGAAAUGUCAAAGAGAAAGGGACUUGUCAAUGAAGGGACGUAUGGUAUUUUACUUAAUAGAUUUGCGGCUGCUCAUAAGGUGGAGGAAGCAAUUGGCGUAUUCAAUAAGAGGAAAGAGUUCGGAUUGGAGAUUGACUUGGUUGCAUUUCAAAAGCUUUUAAUGUGGUUAUGUCGGUAUAAGCACGUGGAAGCUGCAGAAACUUUGUUUCACUCUAACCGAAAUGAGUUUGGUUGCGAUAUCAAGACAUGGAAUAUCAUUCUCAACGGUUGGUGUGUUUUGGGGAAUGUGUAUGAGGCAAAAAGGUUUUGGAAUGAAAUUAUUGCAUCUAAAUGUAAGCCGGAUAUGUUUACGUGUGGAACGUUUAUAAACGCCUUGACAAAGAAGGGAAAAUUAGGCACGGCAAUCAAGUUGUUUCAAUCCAUGUGGAAGAAUGGUACCCCAGAUGCGGUGAUCUGCAAUUGUAUCAUUGAUGCACUUUGUUUCAAGAAGAGGAUUCCUGAAGCUUUGAAAAUUUUUAAGGAAAUGAAGAAGCACGGUUGUCCCCCAAAUGCCGCAACUUAUAACUCAUUAAUUAAGCACCUUUGUAAGAUUCAGAGGAUGGAAAAGGUUUACAAGCUUUUGGAUGAAAUGGAACAGAAGAAAGGAAGUUGUUUGCCAAAUGCUGUAACUUUCAACUACUUGCUCAAGUCCUUGAAGAAUCCAGAGGAAGUACCUGAGAUCUUGGAGAGGAUAGAGAGAAAUGGGUGCAGAAUGACUGCUGACACUUACAACUUGAUUUUGAAGUUGUAUAUGGAUUGGGAUAAUCAGGAAAGAAUAAGAUAUACAUGGGAUGUGAUGGAGAGAGAUGGGUUGGGACAUGAUCGACGAUCUUAUACCAUUAUGAUACAUGGCCUUUAUGACAAGGGAAGAAUACAAGAUGCUUUGCGCUAUUUUAGUGAGAUGACAUCAAAGGGCAUGGUGCCAGAACCAAGGACUGAAAUAUUGGUACGUGACAUGAACAUUAAAUUGGAGAGCAAGCGGAAAGAGGAAACAUUGUUAGGGAAUAAGGAUGGAUGAUGGUUUAUGACUUGCAUUCACGGUUCUCAUCUUUUCCCCCCAUUUGACAAAAUAGAGCAAGCAACUGCUGCUGCUACUCAGACUUCAACAAUGGCAGCUUCAAACACAACAAUGGCUUCAUCAUCUUCAUCCUCUUCUUCAUCCAGUUCUGCUGUGAAUCUGGUAAAUCAACCUCUCUUGCUUCUGUCUAAUAUGUCAAAUAUGAUGACAGUGAAGUUAGAUAAUACCAAUUACAUUGUUUGGAAACAUCAAAUCUCCAUGGUUCUUGAAACCUAUUCUUUGUUUGAGUUGCUUGAAGAGCCUCAACUAAUUCCUGAGAAAUUUCUCAGAGAUCUUUCUAGAAAUUACACAAUGGUUGUGAAUCCAAAUUACUUGGUCUGGAAAUCAAAAGAAAAAGCUUUACUUACCUUCAUAAGUUCAACCUUGACUCCUUCUAUUCUAGCACUCACUGUUGGAUGUGCUACUGCCAUUGAAGUUUGGAAGGUACUUGAGAAUAGAUUUUCUUCAAUUUCAAGGUCUCACAUCAUGAACCUUAAAGGUGAGCUUCAUAAUUUGAAGAAAGGGAAUGAUAAUGUAGAUACGUAUCUGCAGAAGAUCAAAACUGUAAGAGACAAGCUGUUAGCAGUUGGAGUGGUUGUUGAUGAUGAAGAACUACUCCACAUUGCAAUAAAGGGACUUCCUAAGGAGUAUAAUGCUUUCAGAUCUGCUAUUAGAACCAGAAGUGUUCAUCUAAGUUUUGAUGAACUUUCUACUAUGUUGAAUGCUGAAGAAGAGUCACUCAAUAAGGGACUAGAGGUCAAAGACACAAUCUUUGCAAUGGCUGCAUCAGCUAAUCAGAAACCACAUGGUGGUGGUUACAAUCAACCCUCUCAUAGAGGAAGAGGUAGAGGAAACUUCAACAACAGAGGUGGUAGAGGUGGAAGAGGCUCUUAUAGCCAAUCUUAUUUUAGUCCCUCUCAAUUCAGUCCUUUCAAUUAGUUUCAACAAU